CAUCGCUCCCAUUGGUUGAUACUCAAACCUGCAACAGCGGCGAUUUGAAAUUGUUGUUAGAGAGAAGCAAGUUUUCCUCAGGACAGCACACCUAACUCUUUUUGUUUUAAAAAGGAUAAAUAGGCUACAGGUAAAGCAUUACAAUGGACGAAGAUCUUUGGGAAUUUGAAGCUCCGCAAUUCGUUGAUUUCAGCGCACCCAUCCCGAUGGAUGAUAAUGCGGAUGAAUGGUUUGAUUGUGUUAAUGAAGAGCGUGAAAAAAGCCUGCCGUCCAGUAGAAGCAACUCCAGGCUGGCGCAAACACCAAAAUCAGAGGGGAAAAGAAAAUCUGAAAGACAAAUUCUUAAAUGUUUGCAAAACAGCAAACAAGUUCAUUCCUCUCCAAAGACAACCCCAAGAAGGGAACCACGAGCCAGCUUAAAGUCUGAAGAAAAACAGGGUGAUCAAAAAGAUUUAGACAGUAAAACAGAGGCAAUUGCUGAGACAAAGUUAAAAGUUCCAUCAAACCUUGUGACUUCCCUCUCAGCAUGGAAUGAUGCAAAACCUAAGCAUGGUGGUAGAUCUAAUAGUUGCAGUCGCUCAAUACGUGCAGCCAGACAGAGCAGGUCACCAGCAUUGCGACGAACACCAAGAGCACCCAGGGCUGCAUCAGUUGGAACUCCGGCAGCUAAGAAGAGGCGCAUGGUCAACAGCAGUCACAACAGCAGUCACAACAGCAGCACCCACAGUCUGUCCUCAGCCAGAGGCAGGAGUCGGGAGGCCAACAAUAAAAAUGUGGCUGUCCCAGUUAUAAAAGGACCACCCAAACUCACCAUCCCCAAUACACCUAGCUUUAUGAGGAGGAGUGCACACAAAACAGCUGAUAUUAAAAGUACGGAAGACUUGGAAAUGGAAAGAAUUAAUGAAAUGAGACAUCAGCUGGCUGAAAAGAAAAAAAUGUCUCAAGCUUCAUACAAGCAGGCACAAGCUUCCCAGGCCUAUGCUCAUGUCUGCUUCUUGGAUUCCUCCCCAGGUUACACUGUGCCUCACUCCAAGGUGGAGCUCACCAGACCUGUGGAGUUUCACUUUGAGACUGACAGCCGGGUGAAGGUCCACACCAUGGAGACCAGGCAGGACAAGCAAGACUUCCAGUCUGGACUCCGCCAUUACAGCCAGCCCAAUGCAAAAGCACACAAAGGCAUCACCAUCCCGAAGCCGUUCAGCCUCUCUGACAACCGUAAGAGGAAGCUCAGCAAGGAUGGGAAUGGUGAUAAACAGGAAGGUCACAAGUUUACCUCCGUGGCGGAGAAAGUCAUCCAGUUUCAGAGCAAGACCCCAGACAGAUUCAGAAACAAGAGCAAAGAGCCUGCCCCAGCCCAGAAGAAGGGUUCUCCCAGACUUACUGUCCCUAAGCCUCCACAGUUUGAAACAAAGAGCCGAAAGAGGCCCGUAUCUGCCAUAAGCAAACAAGAGAUAGAAGAGAAGGAAGUGGAGGAAAUGAAACAGCAUGUAUUUAAGGCAACCAAAUUGGACCACAGGAUUUUCACCAACCCCAGCAUGGGAGUGAAGAAGGUGGCCUCCAAGAAUCUCACAGAGCCCAAGCCCUUUGAUUUUGAGACAGAUCGCAGGCUGCAGGAGAUGAAAAACAGAAGCAGAGAUGAGAAAGAGGAGGAAAAGCAUGAGGAGGUCUUCAAGGCACGUCCCCUCCCACACACAGGCCUUGUCUUCCAGCCCAAGUUGAACCACGAGGCCACCCAGCCUCAGCCCUUCCCCAGUGUGGAGUGUCAUACACAAGAGAUGUUGACAAGAAAGGAGCAGAAGCUUAAUAAAGUUUUGGAAGAAGAGAGAAAGGCCCGGGAGUUCCAGGCACAGCCGCUCCCGUCAAACUCCCCAAAAGGAAUUCCAUCCAAAAAUCCAGUGAUGAUCACGGAGCCUCAGCCCUUCAAACUGGAAAUUGACCAUCGAGGAGCCAAAAGGGCCGAGGAAUGGGCACAGCAGGUGCAGGAAAGUUUGAAGCAGGAGAGAGCAGCAAAGAUCUUCAAAGCCAAGCCUAGCAAGGUACUGCACGAGGCCCCAUUUGUACCCAAAAAAUCCAACAAAGCUCUCACAGACGUCAGUAAUAUAGAACUGUACACUGAACGAAGGGCUGAAGAACGACAGGGGUUCGAGAUGCAUAAAAAGGAGAAGGAAAUAGAAAUAGCCCUUAUCCAGAAAAUGAGGGAGCGAGAAAGGGAGGAGGAAGAGAAGGCUGAAAUUGCCAGGCUUCGUAAAGAGAUGGUCCACAAGCCAAACCCUGUGCGGAAGUAUAACACCGUUGAGGUUAUGCCCAGCGAUAAGCCCCUCACGGAACCCAAGACGCCACGAUUCUCAAAGCGGACGCGCAAGGUGUAAUUUUUCCUUGAGGUUGACCAUGUGUGUUUGGCAGAAUGGUUAUCGACCAAUACCUCCUUGACUGGCUGUAUUACAAUAAGAACUGUUAAAAUUCAGUUCAUAUUUGCUUGAAAGGAGGACUAGGAUGUGAAAAUUCUGUUUUUGGUCAAAAUCGUGUUUAUGGUCAUAUGUGAACAUUAAUCUAAUUAUCUUGACUGUUUGGGAUAUUUGGUAGGAAAGUGAGGAGUGGCUGUGAAAAUGAAUGAAAGGGGCGUGUUGGAAUGAAUGCAGUUCUUAUGUUAAUGAGUUAGUGGAUUAUGAAAUAAUAUUAUGUUUGGCAGAAGAAAAUGAAGAUGUUCAAUAUUUAUUUUUUUUUUAGAUUUACCUGCACUGUUACAAGUCUUCAGUUAAACAUAUUGAUUGUACAUUGUGUUCAAGUUUACUUAUAUAACCAUUGUUGAAUAUAACUUUAUCAUUUAAUUUGAUAUCCAGUCAGAAAACUGCUCUUUCUUUUAUGAUGAAAGAAAGGGUAUGGGUGUUGACAGGGGUAAAUAGCACUUAACCCUUGUAUAAUAUUCCUGCCUCUACCACCCUGCCCCAAUUUCCCUGAACUAGAACAAUGUAGUGUGUUUUGUUUUCUUCCAAAAACCAGUUUUUUUUUCUUUUUUUCAUAAAUAGUUUGACUAGUAAAUUUAUGUAGAAAAAGGCACCCUAUGUUGGAUGGUAGACCAUACAAGGUUACUAAAGUGAACAUGAUGUCAUUUUCUUGAGCCAAUUUUUACAUAAGUGGUUUUAGUGUUCAUUUUAUUCCAACUUGAUUGUAGAAAUGUAUCAAGUUUUGUUUGGCGACUACUUAGUUUCACCUCCAUCAUAAUACCUCAAAUUUCACACACAUUACAGUAUAAUUUCUGUUCAAUAUUCAUCAACAUCAUUCAUCAACAUAAGGUACUAAAUGAACUUUAAGAGGUGGUCGUCUUUUUAUUACAAUUUUGAAUAUAUUUUUGGGAAUUGUCUACUCAAUAUCAGUUUAGUGUAACCGAGUAUAUUAAGUAUAUCAAAUGCUUGGUCAGGUUGAUGUAAUGCUUCAUUUUCCCUUUGCUUUUCAUAAGUGCAUACACCCAGAUUUACAAAAAUUUAAGUCGUCUUCAGGUGUCACUCUACUAACAUUAAUCAGGUAUUGUCAACAUAAUUCUCUACUAGGCAAUACAAUUGAUCCAGUUUUGUUCUUGUGUAAUGAACAACGUAUGUUAAUUAGUUAAUUAUACCCAGUUAAAACCAAUGUGACUACGGUUCUGGCGUCUGAAAUCUUUUCAGCCUUUUACAUUGAAUGUCUUCAGUAAGAAUUUUAGAAUACUUUUAUCGAAGAGUAUUUUAGAACGAAUAUGCAGAUAGUGGAAAAAUUCAUUUUAUAAAAAGGAAUUGUAAAUAUGUUAUAGCAGCAUCGUCGUGGAUGGUGAAAAUAAAUUGAUAUUGGAUUAUUUUA